AUGUUGAUUUCUAAGCUGCAGUAUCGCUAUGCUUCAGCGAUUACGGUGCUGGCCUUAGUCACUCUGGGCCUGCUCUGCAUCUCGAAGGUCGGCGUUUCGUUCAGACUUCGACUGGGCCCCAGUUUCAGCCAGUUCGCCCUAUUCGACAACCCUAGUGGCCCCAAUGAGCCCGAAAAUUCCAGAGGAUGGAUCUAUUCCGGACCCGAGGCGGAAGACAAAGCAGUGAUUCUGGCAAAGGUGCGCGGCGAAGAUGUAACGUGGGUGUCCGACUAUCUUCAAGACUGGAAACAAGCUAUAUACUACAUGGACGACCCAAGCGAAGGAAUGCUACACCCACCACUCAACAAAGGCCGAGAGGCUAUGGCUUACCUUACAUUCAUCAUCGAUCACUACGACGUUCUCCCAUCGUACAUGGUCUUCGUCCAUCCGCAUCUACAAGGCUGGCCUGAGGCAUGGCAUACGGACAGCUACGGCCACAACCAAAUCAAUUCUAUCCGGUCUCUGAGGCUGGAAUAUGUCGAAAAGCACGGUUACGCCAAUAUGCGCUGCGUUCCUGACCCGGGCUGCCCAGCAGAAAUUCAAGUCGACCGGCAAGACGACCGCCGUACGGCGGAGCACGCUAUGAGGGAAGUGUGGCCAUAUAUGUUCGGUGGCAACUACACCGACAUACCCAAAGUCAUUGCCCAGCCCUGUUGUUCCCAGUUUGCGAUAUCGAGAACGCAGGCUCUGCAGCGCAGCCGGGCGGACUACGAGCAUUACCGUCAGUGGCUACUCGACACGCCGCUAGAUGACGAUACAAGUGGACGGGUGUUUGAGUAUCUCUGGCAUGUCAUUUUUGGACAAGAAGCAGUGCUUUGUAUCCCUUUAGAACAGUGCCGGUGUGAGCAAUUCGGGCGGUGUUAG